AUGCCUCUGCCUAAGGCGGACGCAGAAUCCCCUCCUGUCGCGGAGACCCAUGCUGGCUCUCGCAGCUCUGGCAGUAUUGGGACCGCGGACAAGGCGGCACGCGCAUCCACCGCCGCCUUACUCCGCAACCCGCUCGUCGGACUCACUCCCGAUGAGCUUAUUGCGGGUGCUGACAGCUUCACCGAGUCGAAAGGAUUACAGGAGCACCGAGACAUCUUCCGCAAGGGUGCAAUGGUUGCCCAGGUCAUCAACAGGCCCGACGGGUUCGAAGCCAUCGCCGCACUCAACGAGGAGGAGAAGGCAGAGUACUACUACGCAACAUUUGAUCUAUGGGACCCGAGAAUGCAGGGCUUGGUCAAUGGAGCCCCAUAUCUCUGCUCUGCGCUUGUCGGAUGUUGGAGUUCUCCUCUACUGAACAAGUAUACUGGCCGACGAGGAACCAUCUUCAUCUCAUGCUUCUUCUCCGUCGUAACUGGCUUUUGGAUGGCUGCAGCCGACAGCUGGUACAACCUACUAAUCGCUCGCUUUUUCCUCGGGUUUGCCGUUGGCGCAAAGAGCAGCACUACGCCUGUCUAUUCGGCAGAGAGUACACCCAAGACUAUUCGUGGUGCUUUGACGAUGAUGUGGCAGAUGUGGACUGCCUUCGGAAUAGCCCUGGGCUUCAUCGUCUCUGUUGCCUUUAGAAAUACCGAUUUCCUAGGAGAAGACACUCAGUGGCGAUGGAUGCUUGCUAGUACAUCCAUACCACCCUUGGUUGUUAUGCUACAAGUCUACUUUUGUCCCGAGAGCCCCCGAUGGUACAUGGAAAAGGGCAAGUAUCAAAAGGCCUUCCAGUCAACCUUGCGACUUCGACAUCAUCCUAUCCAGGCGGCAAGGGAUAUGUAUUACGCAUACAAGCUCCUCGAGAUCGAGACCCAGGCCCGGAGUGGUCGCAACUGGAAGGACUUCUUCACCGUCCGAAGAAACAGACGUGCGGCGAUGGCUUCCUACUUCGUCAUGUUCAUGCAGCAGUUUUGCGGUUCGAUGUACUACUCGACAAAUAUUUUCGAGAUGGCCAAUUUUGAUCGCAGUACAGCUCUUCUCACUUCAAUGGGAAUGGGACUGAUCAACUGGAUUUUCGCUCUCCCAGCCUUUUAUACCAUCGAUACGUUCGGCCGGAGGAACCUCCUUUUGGUCACGUUUCCUCUGAUGUCACUCUGCCUGUUUUUUACUGGGUUCAGUUUCUACAUGCCUGAUGGUACCGCAAGACUUGCUUGUAUUGCAACCGGCAUCUACCUCUUUGCAGCGGUGUACUCUCCGGGUGCUGGCCCUGUUCCGUUCACCUAUAGUGCCGAGGCGUUCCCGCUGCACAUCCGUGACAUCGGAAUGAGCAGCGCCACAGCCGUUACCUGGGGAUUCAACUUCAUCAUCAGCUUUACGUGGCCGUCGAUGAUAAACAGCUUUGGCCCAACGGGUGCCUUCGUGUGGUACGCCUGCUGGAACAUCGUCGGCUUCAUCGUCGCCUACUUCUGGCUGCCGGAGACCAAGAACCUAACGCUGGAGGAGCUGGACAGUGUCUUCUCCGUCCGUAGCCGCGACCACGCCGAGUACUACUCAUCAAAGAUCCCAUGGUACGCCAACAAAUACUUGCUGCGCCGCGACGUGCAGCCUUUCCCCGCUCUAUAUGAACUGGCCGAAGACGACCCCCACCAUGAUGGAACUCACAAGACCAGUGUACAUCAUAACGAGACCGGACUUGUGUCUGGAGGUUCCGGUGAGAAGCAAACCUAA